UUGACACGUGUAUAAAAAAUCGUGACCAGGAAGUGCUAAUCACUCCACUUGCUCACAGUAGAUUCUGCGCCAUCUUAUGUGCGAGACGAAAAGGACGCUCUUUGGAAAAGGCUGAAUCCAGGCAUAGGAGUUCCCAGAUAAAAAGAUGUGGGACCAGGGUGGACAGCCCUGGCAGCCACAAUGGCCUGUGAGCCAACAGCAGUGGAUGCAGUCCUUCCAGCAUCAGCAAGACCCAAGUCAAGUGGACUGGGCAGCGCUGGCACAAGCAUGGAUAGCUCAGAAAGAGUCGAGUGGGCCGGCAACGGACCAGGUCCAGCCGCCGAUGCAGCCCAAUGGGCAGGACAUCCCUGGCAUGGAGCCCGCAGCGCACAACAACCAUGGAAACUUCCAGGGAGAUCCUAACUUCAACAGAAUGUGGCAGCCCGAGUGGGGAAUGCACGGGCAGCAGCACGCCCCUCCUCCGCCUCCCCCGGGCCCCGAGCAGCAGGCCUGGAUCCCCCCGGGCCCAGCGCCCAUGGACAUGGUCAACCCCUCGGAGGACAGCAACAGCCAGGACAGCCUGGAGUUCGCCAGGGACCCGCACCACGCCAUGUUCCCCCAGAACAGCCACAACUACGGCGGGCAGCCGGACGGCUACGGGGUCCAGCCUAUGAAUGUGGCGCAGUUUGACUAUCAGCAUGGAGCUGCACCAUAUGGUCCCCCCGGAGCUGGCUUCCACCCGCCCUACUGGCAGCAAGGUCCCCCCCAGAACAGACGUGAGCGCCCCCCAGGCUUCAGGGACCGGCCACGCUCUCCCAAACAACAACUGGCGGCGGUCAACAACAAUGAUGCUCAGACACUAGAUGCGGUGAAGAGGCGGACACUGCCGGCGUGGAUCCGCGAGGGCCUGGAGAAGAUGGACCGUGAGAAGCAGAAGAAGCUGGAGAGGGAGCGCAUGGAGAAGCAGCGGGCCGAGAUGAAGGACGAGCAGGACGACGACACGGCAGACGAGGAGGGCGAUGGACCACACAUCCCACGCAGGAGCAAAUUCGACAGUGAUGAUGAGGAUGGGGAUGACGAAGACGGGGACAGGGAGAGGGAGAGGGACAGAGACGAAGCCCCAGUGAGACGGGGUUUUUCUAGCCGGAGCCCCUCCCCAUCGCACGAGGACCAGAGCGAACCAGAGAUGACGGACGAGGAACGAGAGUUCCAAUUGCUGCUGCUGACCAAGACGCUCCUGACAGAGGUACUGCUGGAGGUCACCAACGAGGAGAUCUACCAGGUUGCCAAGGAGACGCACCGCAAAGCCACCAAAGCUCCUGCCAAACAGCUGGCACAGUCAAGUGCACUGGCUUCUCUGACUGGCCUCGGGGGUCUGGGGGACUACGGCUCGGACGAGAGCUCAGACGAGGAGGCCAGCAACCAGGGCUCGGAGUCGUCCGACACGGACGAGGAGGAGCUGAGGCACCGCAUCCGGCAGAAGCAGGACGCCUUCCGCCGCAAGGAGCGCGAGAUGGUCAUGCAGCAGGAGAGGGAGGACCUGGAGGCUGCCAAACGCGAAGAAACAGAGAGGUCAUUCAGAGAGAGCCUCAGUCACGAGGACAAAGAGCCAGAGCCCAAGUACAGAGACAGGGAGGCAGAGCGAGACAGAGACCGAGAGAGGGAGCCUAGUCCAGCCCCGGCAGAGCGGCGGAGGUCAAAGGGCAGUGAGUCUGAGGUCAGGGCCAAGUCAGGGUCAGGAAAGGAGCGCAGAAGCAGGUCCAGCUCUGCUGCCCACUCCUCCAGCAAGCGUUCUUCCUCCUCUUCGUCCUCCUCUUCUUCGUCCUCCUCCUCCUCGGCCUCCUCCCGCUCUCGCUCCUCCUCCUCGAGGCAGAAGCGGCGGCGGAGCCGCUCGUCCUCUCGGAGGCGGCGCAGUCGAAGCCGCAGCUCGAGACGCCGGCACCACCGUCACUCGUCGCGCUCCGAGCGUGGCGACAGGAGCGACCGAAGACGCGGCCACUUGUCCCCCUCGUCCUCCUCUCACAGGAAGCGGAGCCGCAGCCGAUCGCGGUCGCGCUCCCGCUCACGGCACCGCCGGACCACCACGGAGAGCAGGGGCCGCAAGAGCAGGUCGAAGGACAGGGCCAGCCGCAGCCGCAGCAGGGAGCGAGACAGAGAGCGAGAGCGAGACAGGCGGCGCAGCAGCAAGGAGCGCGGCAGCCGGCGCAGUCGCAGUCGCAGCACCAGCCGCGGCAGUCGCAGGAAGUCCCAGAAGGACGCCAGCAAGGACAGGGAGAGCAAGAAGAAGGACAGGAGCCACAGUCGCGAAAAAGAGAAGGAGAAGGAGAAGAAGAAAAAGGAUAAGGAUAAGGAUAAGGAGUCAGACAAGAAGCGAGACAAGCAGAAAUCCAAGGACAAAGACAAGGACAGGGAGAAGGAUAGGGAGCGAGAGAAGGAUAGAGACAAGGAGCGGGAGGACAAGAAGGAGAAAGGGAAAGACAAAGACAAAGAGAAGGACAGGGACAGAGAGAGGGAGAGAGAAAAGGACUCUGGCACACAGGAGGAGGUCAAUGGCAAGUCCAAGAGAAAGAGGGACAGCGAGGCCUCCGAAUCCAAGCACUCCAAAGACAGCAAGAGUAGCAGCAGCAAGAAGAGCAAGUCUAGCAGGAAACACUCAGACUCUGGCUCCAGCCGGAGUAGGUCCCCCUCCCCUGAGGUUAGCAAGGAAAAGAAAUCCAAAAAGUCUAAGCGUAGUCGCUCACGGUCCACGGAAAAGUCUCACAAGUCUGGUAAGAAGGCAAGCCGCAAACACAAGUCUAAGUCACGAUCAAGGUCCUCUUCCCCAGCCCGACGUUGGCAUUGAGGGCUGGCAAGGCCCUGGCUUGUGCACUUAUUUUAAAUUCCACGAGUUUAAACGGGCUUGUCUCAUUCUCGAGGCAAAGGUGUAGGUGAACUCCCCCAAACUCCCCAAUACCCCCUGCCCGCACCCCUCUCCCUUCCGCCCCUUGCCCCAGUCCUCCCUCGCUUCUACCUUCCCCCCACCCCCACACCCUCCAGUGACAUGCAGUGUAAAUAAAUAAAGUGUUGUCAUUUUUUAAGUGCCCCUUGUCUUAAUGAUGUAAUAUUUCUUUUUUUGCUAGGGUUUUGUUUGAACUUUGCUUUUGUUUUUUUGUUUUCUUUGGACCUAUGUUAUACAAAGCUGAAGAAUGAAAUAGAUUAAUCUGGUUGUAACAUUUUAAAUUUCACAACAGGGCAUAAAACAGAAUCACAUAAUUGUUGUAAAUUGUUCAAUAAAACAAUGUUUUCAUGCA